CAAAACAAUUUCAUGCGAAAGAGGAAAGCAACUUAAAACUCAAUUAUUCGAAAGAUUCAUUAUACAAAUAUUAUUCACUUUGUUAUGGCACAGCUAACAGAAUAGCAGACAUAUAUAAGCACAACUUCCUUGUUCGUUUUCUAUAAGAAGAGAAUGUAAAUCCUAUCGAAAUUCAUACUGUCAUUCAUGUUUUGAAAGAAGUUUCAAUAAGAAAUUAUUAAAGAGAAAGGUUAUUACAACAGUCAUUUCAGCAUCUUCUUGCUUCUUUUCAGAUGAAAAAUUUUCCACAAAUGUUAAAUUAUUUGACAACAGCUUGUGUAAUAUCAAUUAGCUUAACACUUUGUUGCAGCAGAAGUGUGGAAAGAAAGGUUGAUAACGUUGGAAAGAAAGCGAUAAAUUUGAUGCAAGAUACUCCAAUUGAUUGUUACCGUAAAACACUUUUUCAAGAUUACGUUAGCACAGGCAAAAAGUUGCAACAAAAAGAUAUAGAACGUAUGCAAAGUUGCAGCAAAUAUUUUCCUGAAUGCAAGGGUUACCUUGGAACUUUAAGCGCCACAUAUUUCAUUAACGAAACUGUUGGUGGUUUAAUGAUAUUAUUUGAACUGCUUGAAAGUGAACGACAAGAAUGUUUAGGAUAUUACUUGGAAAUAAAGAAUGACAUUGAAUUAAAAACGGAAUAUUUUAACGUGAGCAACACGGGACAGUUCCAAAAAAUCAUUUAUGUUUAUCUGGGAGUAACUUAUAACUUCAGAGUAGUAUCGAUACCGGAUGGAGAAUCUUUAACAUUGACAACUUCCGCACCAAGUGAAUGUCAGUUGCAAGUCAUUGGACAUAUUUCCAGAAGAAUACAAGAUGAGGAUAAUUUUUUUAAGAAUUGCGAUCUACCAAGUUACUCUGCGAGAAAAGGUGUAGCAGAAAAGAUUUGCAAACAGCACCCUAUCAAUGUAGCCAAACGGUGGCAAACGACCAAACAUCGGUUGGUGCAGGAAAAGUGUAAAUUCGUUUUGUUGCCAAAUAACGUCGUACACAAAGUACAGCCUUACUUUGGAAAGUAAGCACAUCGACCGUGUUGAAACUGAGUUCUAUUUACUUCUACCCUUAUCUGAACUAAAUUUUAUGAGAAAAUCAGCAAACGCCCUUGUGUAAAGUUUGUGAAGGGUGCAAAGGUAUAAGAAACGCCCGUUGUCAUAUUUGCUUCUUUCUUUUAAUGCAAAUAAAGUUUUGAAACGGUUUUUGUUCUUUCUGAAGCGAGAUCAAUCAAAAAAAACAAAAGAUUAAAUUUCGCCUUAUAUCUCACACAUACAAAUUUGCAGUUAAAUAUAUUACAGCAUUAGUCUUAAAUUAAAUCUUAUUUUUAUUUCAUUUUCACGAAUAAGAAGUUAAUAAAAAAGUAAGAUGACGUCACUUUAUAACUUGUUUAGCUUAAUAGAAACAUAAUUUAAUAAAGUAAUAUAAUUUUAUUUACUGUGUAAAUAUUAGCAUGGAGUUAGAAAGUUCUCUUCCUCCACAAUAUUAGUUGGUUAUAUUUAGUUACCAAAUCCGUAUUGCAUAUUGCAUGUACAACUUUCUUUCAAUUCGAUGUUUCAUCAA